AAAUGGACGACUGCACUCUGGAAAAACUCUCCGUAAAGCCUGGAAUAUUGAGUCCAGUUUUCAACAAAACUAUCACUGAUUAUUCCGUGACAGUAGCUAGCAAUGUAGAAAACAUAACCCUCGAUCUCCUCACUUCCGACUCGGGUGCAUCAUAUUCGAUUGUGGGGAGCAGAGGAAGUAAAACACUACCUCUGAAAGAAGGUGAAAUUACAGAAAUUAAAAUCGAAGUGACUGCAGAAGAUGGGACCACAAAAUUUUACUCAAUUCUUACUAAAAGAUUGUCUGCCAAAGAUGCAACUCUGAGUAGCCUGACUAUCAGCCAUGGAGAUUUGUCGCCUGCCUUUUCACCUGAUGUCACAGAGUAUUACUGUUUGUUACCUUGUAAUAUCCCUAGUGUAACUCUCAGUCCAAUAGCCCCUGACAGUAAAAAUGAGGUAUUGGUGGGAGGUGCCAAACCUGGGAGCCCCACCCCUCUUAAUGUUGGGGAGACCAAAGUGGAGGUGGAGGUGACCUCAGCAGAUUGCUCAAACAAACAGACCUACGUUGUUCAUAUAACCAAAAAGCUGCUUCCUCGACUGGUGAAGUUUACGUCUUCUGAAUUGGCCACCUCAUUUGAGUGUCCAAUCUCCCUCAGCCCGUACUACUGUCCAGUGUCCAUACGAGGAAGUGACCCAAAGCAUACCUUCUCACGUCCAUUAAUCGAUGAAAUGACCCGAACCUCUAAGAUUGACCCAUUAAGUGGAGAACCUCUAGGCCCAGACUGGAAGGUCAUUGAGUAUGACAUUGAAAAAAAGAUGUCUGCUUCCACAGUGUCUAUACCUUUGACAUAUGGAGGAUCCUCAGCAGAAGUAAGGUUCAGUGAGUUGGGGGAGCAGCUUGAGAAGUGUAAUGUGACACCACAGGCUCAGGAGAAGAAGUUUGAGGAUUCAUCUUCCCCAGUCAAACAUACUGUACAGGUGCGGAGCUGGGAAAAACAAAUGCAACAGAUCUAUGGAGAAUCGACUACUGACAAGCUGAUAGCCACUGCCAUGGCCAUGCUGGGCAAAUACUUCAAAAGUUUACCUAAACCAGGCCAGUUCAAGCAUCAGUAUGAGGAAGGGGAAUCCCCUUUGGACCACCUUCAGCAGGCGGCCUAUUGCUAUGCCUCAGCCAUCAAGAUCAAGGGAAAGGAUCACCACCUCCACCUUCAGUUAGGACAGAUCCUUGAGGAGCGCUACUAUGCUGAGGAUAUGUUUGGUCUCAAGAAACAGGAUAACACUGAUGACUUUCCAUCUCUAAACGUUCAGGCCAAGGAGAGUUCCAAAGAUGAGGAAUGUGCUGCCAUAGCGCGGUUGCGUGGCGUGGAGGCGGGUGCGCCCAUCGCCCUGCAGCUGAAGGCCAUAGAUCAGGAGUACCAUCACCUGGUGGAGACUGGUCAGAGUGGCAAAGCUGACCAUGUGAUGCAGCUAUAUGCCUGGAAGUCCAAACAAGCCUCUCAGGAAGGUGUGACAGCUCAGAAGGUGUCUGAUGAGGAAUCUGCUCUUGGCCAGGCUUACAUGAAAUACCUGGAUGCUUUGGUUCUGGAUGAUACCAAGUCUGUGUACAAUUUUCAUGUGGGUCGCCUGUUAGUGGUACAGGGGAGCUACUCAGAAGCUGUACCGAGACUGGAGGUUGCUCUUCACUGGAACCCUCAGCACAAACUGGCAAGGUGUUACCUGGGCUUAGCACUGGCCUUACAGACCGGUGGGCCAGGAGCCAGAGUGAAGGAGACUAUUGAAUACUUACUAGAGGCUAUGGAGGUCUUGCUAAGCAAACUCAGCAUGGAAGCUAUGGUUUCAGAUGUGCAAGUGGGGGCUGGAGUGGAGAGUUUACAUGCAGAGAAUCUGAUCCGUGCCAGCAAUGUAUACCUGUUACGUGGUCUGAUUCAGCUGGGAAAGCUCCUGCAAUCUGCGCCAGACUACUCAAACAGCAUGAGUGCAAACGACGUUUUCCACACGGCAGCCCUACUGUCCUCCCACGUGCUGCCCAGCCUGUGCCGUGGAGACGUCUACAAACAGAUAGAGUGGGUGCUGCUGGAGGCUCACUCUAACCUGCUCAACCUGCUGGCCACCUCAGGCAGUGCCAGCCAGAAGCUCAUAUCACACAGGUGUCAGUGGCUCUCUGCUCUCAUAGAGCACUCCAGUAUACCACAGAACGCAGAACUACUCACGCUGCAGGAAAAGACUUGUCAGAAACUUGUACAGAUCCAGCCUGCCAGUAGUCAUAGCCUGUACCUGCUGGGUGCUGCCCAGUUUGCUCAAUAUGAGAGUACCCCAGGGGAGACAGCUAAACUGGCCCUGAAUGAGGCCAAGGGCUCUUUCCUGGCCAGUGUGAAUCUGGAAGGAAAACCCUCGUCAGGAGAGGCUCCACCUGAGCUUAUAGACCAAGAAUGGUGGAAACAAAUAAUUAAAGAUGAAGAAGAGAAGAGAAAAGCUGCUGAAGUGAAAAAGGAUGAGGGUGGUAAAGCAGCCGUAAUGUGUGGUGCUGCAGGUGUCAGAGGUGGAACAACUGUGUCCAAGGGUAGAGGGGGUCAAGCCACACCAGCCAGAGGAGGAGGCACAGCUCCUGCCAGAGGGGGUGCUUCUAGGGGAGCAGCUAGAGGUGCCCCUCGUGGAGCCCCAGCAAAUCGCGGUGCGCCUUCUGCCAGGGGUGCUCCUGGCAGAGGUGGGAAGGGUGCCACCCCCACGUCCUCCAAAACAAGUGUGAAAACCACAACAUCUGGUCACAAGUGUGAGGCUGCCAAGCCCACUGAAAAGCCUGUAGAGAAAGCGCCAACUCCCACAGAGAAAUCUUUUGCUGAGCCACCACAGCCUGUCUCAAACCCACACCCAACCUCAGGUCCUCUUAACAGGAAGAGUUACCAGCCCCGCCUGGGCCUGGCCCGGGUGUUUCAUGCCCUGGGGGAGUCAGAGGAGGCCCAGAAGUAUUAUCAAGAGGUCAUCUCAAUGGCACCAGAGGUACACGAUGCUUACAUCGAGGCUGCUGACAUGCUGCUCAAGUCUAACCCUCUUGCAGCUGUGGACAUCUAUAGUCAGUUCCCCGUGUCAGAUAACCCUAGUUUUGAUGAUGCUUAUAUCAGUGGGGACAUCGUCCGCAUCUUAAUCAAGCAUGAGAAGUUUGACGACCCCCGCCUUGAGAAGCACAUGAUUUUGUAUGGCAGGGUUCUUGGUAUAGGAUCUCUGGAGAAGUAUGUUGAAAUUCUGGAUGGGAAGUUCAAGACAGAUUUAUUGAAGUCUGUGUACGCUGGCGUCAAUCACAAGGAUGUGGACCACCCAGACCUACAAGCCUUCUUCAAGUUCAAAUGCUGGAUAUAAUCUAGUCUGAACCCUAAACCAUAUCUGAUCUCAGCUCAACCUAACUGUGUGAAAUUCACUUGUAAUUUACUGGAAUCUUAGUUCCCAGGAAGUGGUUGUUUUGGAAACUGCUAUACUUAACCUCUUAGUUAAGUGGAUGAAGCAUGUGUAAAUUGAAAUCAGUUUAAGAUGUGUACAUGUAAAAAUUAUGUCUGAUAUAAGCUCCACUUGCCAUCCAUUCAAAAGACAUUCCAAGUAUGACAUAAUAGUAAUAAUAACUUGUAAUUUCUUUGUGCCUUUGCCAAUAGUCAGAGCAGCACUACAGUAAAUUGCUCAUCUGUGAGAAAUUUCUGGGUGCAUGAUGAGAGGAGGACAUGUCAGAGAAAUAAACACAAACAAGUGGGUGUAGGGAAAGCAUUAACUAUACAAGUCUACCUAUUGGGCUUGUUUGGAUUCCACAGCUUGUGUGUAUAAUUAUUUACACGUAGAAGCAUUAUCUGUGAUAUACGUGUAUAUGAUCAAAUAUUCACUACCUUGAGGAACACCUGACUGAUCCAGAUGUUACAGUGCACAGUAGAUUCAGAUCAGAUUUGCUUUUUGAAAAAUCCUGCCACAUGUAGAUGUAUAUUUAUAUGACUGGCGUUAUGUUGAUGGAGUUUUAUUGGACAGGUGAGAUCGAUACUUUGUGAGUCAUAAAUUGGUUAUGCCUGUCACAUGAUGUGUGAGUUUACCAGAAUGCACUGCUGUGAUAUUAGAAUGCGCCACUGUGAUAUCAGAAUGCACUGCUGUGAUAUUAGAAUGCGCCGCUGUAAUAUCAGAAUGCACUGCUGUCAUACCAGUAUCACUGGACUUUUCAUCUCUUUAUUUACCUAGCUUGUAAUACUUUUGCCUUGAUUAUGUGAAUGUAAUGUAUAUGGCCUUCAAACAGUGCAGAAAAUAUGUAGAAAAAACCAAAGAAAGUUUUACCUUUCAGAACAAAGUUUCAUUGUUUUAUAUCCUGAAAUUGAUUUCAUUUUAAAGAAGCCAUGUAUAUAUAAAUUUUACAGUUUGGUAUGAUUUGAAGUCAUUCUAAUGCUUUCAGUGGAAAUACAGUUCUAAGUUGUCCAUUGAUUUAUAUUUUUCCUCAAACUAGAACUGGAUUCUAGAUUUAACCUUAAAUAGGUUAAACAAAUUUAAAAUAUGUUUAGCUUUGCUCUUGAAAAAUUGUUCUGAAUUUCCUUACACUUAACCUUGUCUAAUAAAUAUAAAUGACUUGGAGAAUCAAAGCAUCCAUAAAAAAAAAUUAUAAAUAAUAAUCUCUGACUUAAAAUUGUAUAUAAUUAGUUUUUGUUACUUAUUGUUCUUGGUGUAUUUUAAACUAUUGCUGGGUAAUGACUCACUGAUAGUCUAUUGUACAUGAAGGUGCCUUGGCACAUAUUUGAUUUCUUUCAUUUUGUUCUUGCCACAUAGUUAUUGUUGUAUUAUAUAACAUUAUAUACACUUCAAAUUUGUUUGGCAUUUUGCCCAAGCUGCAGUGAUAAAUGUUCUUAGUAAACUGUAACUUUGACGUCAUUUGAGACAUAAUUCAUGUCAAACAUACUGGUUUAGUGUUUCCCACCAUUUUAAACAAUUUCUCUGAACUGUGAAAAAAUUUACAAGAAUUGAAUUGUUUUUAUAAUACAACAUUUUAGGGGAAGUGAACCAGAUGUAUAUGUUUGUUAUGUGUGUUGAUAUAAUAAGAAGUAUAAAUAGCUGUUAUUUGUACUGUAUUCACAGAAAGUCCAAAAAGAGUCUUUUGUGGUGGGAUAUCAGCUUUAAUAUCAAGACUGGUAAAUAAAUCACAACCAUUUCACGA